AUGCAGGAUCUUACAUCCAUCCCAACACCAAGCACAUCAACCUUGGUGCCGCAACUUCAACCUCUCCCUCUCCCACCACUCACAUUCAACUCACAAAACACAUGCUCCAAUUCCUCGCCGAUAAAGAUCAUCCCACCAGGUUUCAAACUCCCAGGUCUGUCGCCCUCGGAAUUAACACUCCUUCACCGUAAACAGACGAAAUUGGCUUCCACCGUCACCUCCACCGACCAUUCCCUACCCAACGCGCCAGGCCUUCUCCACGCACUAGCAUCCACUCUCAUCUUCGCCCAACACGAGGCCGGUACCGCCAUCUGCAUCGAUCCAGCAGGCUGGAUCCUGACCUGCGCGCACUGCUUCGGUGACGACGAAACAGAGUACCAAGCUGACUCCAGACGGAGAUGGCUCUUAUUUUACACGGGCUUAGCUGUGCAAGUUGAGUGUAGAGUGUGGGAUCCGAAAAGGGAUUUGGCGCUGUUGAAGAUUGUGGCGGUCGAGACUGAUGGAGGCAAAGAGGGGACGAAUCCCCGCGUUUCGACACGCUUGCCUUUCGUCCCAUCCACCGGCACCGAAGACGCCAAUCAUCUGUAUAGGCCAACCUGGUCGUGA